AUGGCUGGCAUUAUGUCUUACUUUGGAGGGAGGCGAGAUACAAAACAGGCAGCACGAGACGCCAUCGUAGGGCUAAGGCAGCAACUACAGAUGAUAGAGAAGAAGGAGGAGCACCUACAGAAGAAGAUUGACGAGGAACUCAAGAAAGCAAAGGCGAAUGCUGUUUCAAACAAGGCUGUGGCUACGCAGGCUCUGCGGCGGAAGAAGGCGAGCGAAUCGGAGAUGGAUCGAUUAGCGGGUCAACGACUGCAGCUGGAACUACAAAUCAACACAUUAGAGUCUGCGAAUCUGAAUGCGGAGACGAUGGCUGCUAUGAAGAAGGCUUCAGACGUGCUGGCGUCGAUCCAUGGUAACAUGACCAUGGAUAAGGUCGACUCGACUAUGUCUAAGAUCACGGAACAGAGAGAGAUUGCUACUGAAAUCGCAGAAGCUCUAUCAUAUCCUACUGGUACGGAGGCAGAUGAGGAUGACCUCAAGGCAGAGCUCGCGGAGCUUGAGCAAGAGACACUCGAUGAACGCCUUGCUGGAGCAGAGCAUGUUCCUUUGCACAUUCCUGCAGGAGCUCGCCGGGUGGAAGAGCGACGUAAGACGCCUCAAAUCAACUUCACGUUCAAUCAACUAACCUCUUACGCAGCUGCUGUGGUGGUGGAGGACGACGAGGAGGCUCAGUUGAGGGAACUGCAGGCCGCACUAGCAAUGUGA